CUUCAACUCUCUUUCUUCCAUCAUCUAUCCUUGCUGCGAGGCUACAUUCCGGGCAACAAACCUUUCAUUGAGAUUCACCUUUUCCCAUAAUCAUCGGCUCACUUCUGUAGCUCACGAUGUCGCUGAAUGCACACGACGAGCAGGCGACUUCCGCUGUCGUGCACCCGAGGAAAAAGCCUAAAGUCACCAAGCAACCCAAGUAUACCAUUGCAGAAUGGGAUGCAAAGAAAGAGAUCAUCAUUUCUCUUUAUAUUCUCGGAAACUGGCCGUUGAGUAUGGUUGAGGGGUGUAUGCAUGUCGUGUUCGGCUUCGACGCCUCAAAGUCCAUGUACAAGAAAAAGCUCAAGGAAUGGCAUGUUUUCAAAAAUGAAUCAUCGACUCAACCUCAAAGUCGCAUGGACGGUCCGUUUACGCCACUCGUCAAGCGACGACGAUGUGCUGGGGCAAAGCCCCAGAUACUAGCAGGAUACCAAUCGGGGGCCGCAUUCUCAUGGCGUACGCAUGAUCUGAUGCUGGAUUGGCCAAAUGCAGAGCUGAAAGCUUUGGCCUGCAUGCUCUGGUCCUCAGGCAAUUAUCUCAUGGGCCUCUUCGAUCAGGGCCGUCCAGGAGAGACUUCAUCUGGAUGGAAAGUGAACUUAUUCGGUUUGACGCCCCCACAGGGUCUUGUGGACUACUCGACAGAGUGGAAAGCGAUUGCCGAUCAAUGCCAUGGCGCUUCAACUUUGAUCAGCCAGGGAAAUGGCACCCAGCAGAAGUGCCAAAGAACUCUUCUGAACGUCUUCAAAGGCAUCGACCAGCUCGCACAACAGGAGGAUCCCUGGAUAUUGGUCUACCUAUGGAGGAUCAUACUAUACUUGCGAGGGAUUUCAUACCGUAUCGAGAACAAGAAAGUGGGCAUUCCAUCCACAAGUCUUGGACCUCAUAACGAUCACCUGGUCGGCCAUGUCAUUUCCAGCUUAGCGGGACUCUUCAUCAUUCGCAAAGGAUCCAGUGAGAUGGUAUACUGUCUCAACUCGUUACGCGUCUUCUCGCUCGAUAGAAUGAAGCUAGCUAUUGAAAGGGUCUUCAAGUUCUGCACGGACUCAUUUCAAAAGCUACUCGGCGGAUCGCAUCCAGUGGUUCUCAUCAUGGUCGCUCGAUUCUUGAGAUACUGGCCAGCAGCGCUCGCUGAUAAUGUAUUGGUGAAUUACGGGACCCUCGUGGCUCGCUCCGAAACUGAGUUCGGGUCUUCUGAUGAGCGUACGAUUUUCUUCCUGACUGAGUAUAUGUACGUUGCGUACUAUCAUGGGCAUAAUAUCACCUUGACAUAUCAGCUGGCUUCUGACCUUUGUCAGAGAUCUGAGGAACUGGGGCCUGUUCCACAAUGGGGGGGAAAAACAUAUGGGUUGGUGCUUGCCUCCAAGCUACUGUCGAGAAUUGACAAAGAGAAGGGAAAUAUUGACCGCUGGCAUGGACGUCUAACUACUCUCGCCGAGAAGCUGCGAAACGGCGAUCGGGAAUGCCAAACAAGGGCCUUACAGAUCCGACGCAUGAUGGCACACUGGUAUCGUGAGGCGGGUAACAUGGAGCGGGCUCAGGAACAGAGGGGGCAUGCUGAUAAAAUAUUCAUAACGAUGAGAGAACUCGGAGUGGAACAAGGCGACUGGAACCUGAACUGGCCGUUCGAAAGUGGACAAUGCCGUCCUUCUGAACUUGCUCGUUUACAGGCAACACACCUAGACAGGGCGUUCACUUGGCAAGACAAACUUUGCUUCUGA